UCCGGCGACGAUGAGAAGGGAAGAAGAACCCCGAGCGGCUGCGCCACUUCUUCCGCCGCGAUGCCGCUGGCCGUGGAGGCCGGGCCGGCUCGCCUGGUCCGCUCCGCCCAGAAGGACGAGCUCUACCGGGGGGCGCUGAGGAACAGGGCCGGCGCCGCCGUGGCUGGCCUGGCGGGUGCUAAAGUUUGGCUAGAAUGGCAAAAAGAGAUCGAGCUGCUCGCAGACGUCGCCUAUUUCGCCCUUACUACCCUUUCAGGUCAUCAAACUCUUGGUGAAGAAUAUGUCAACGUUAUCCAAGUAGAUCCAUCGAAGAGGAAAGUCCCUUCAUUAACACGCAGGGCCAUUUUGGUGUCUCUGCACACCGUCUUGCCUUACUUGUUAGACAAGGGAUUGGCCCAACUCGAACAGGAGCUUGAGGCAAACUCCAGCGGGUUGCAAACUCUGCAGAGCAGGAACUUGGGUGGAUUCCAAAGCCGGACAUUGCUGCGAAGUUGGAUGCAGAGACGGGUCAGCCGAUUAAUGGAGUGGCAGAGAGUAUUUCUCGGUCGGGCUGUUCGUAUCGUCAAGCAAAGUCUCCCAGUCCUCCGGAGGUUGCACUUAGCCGUCUUUUAUAUGAAUGGCAUCUUCUACCAUUUGUCUAAAAGGACAACAGGAAUCACAUACUUACGCUCUGUAGGAUUCUCCGAAGAUGACCAGGCCAUUCGAUCAAGUUACAAGCUACUUGGGAUCAUUUCACUCCUGCAUCUGGGGCUGAUGCUCAGCAUCUACGCCUACAACUUCCAGCAUCGACAGAGGGCGAGAAAAGAAUGGAAGCUACACCAUAACCUCUCCUAUCAGAUACAACCUGAAGAGAGGAUCCUUAACCGCAGCUCACGCUGCGCUCUGUGCUUAGAAGAACGCCGGCAUGCCACGGCCACGCCAUGCGGCCACCUCUUCUGCUGGGAAUGUAUUGCUGCAUGGUGCAACACAAAGGCUGAGUGUCCUCUGUGUAGAGAGAAAUUUCAUCCCCAAAAGUUGAUUUACUUACGACACUUCCGUUAAACUGCCGCCUGCCAGAUUGCGAACUGCUAAGAGCCAACGAAAAUACAAGCUUUGACCAAGCGCAAGACUUUAUUUUGAUAUUAAAUUGCUGUGACCGAACGGAAGCCAAACAUUUGACUUGGGAUACAAACCUAUCCAUUUAUAACACAAACUGCUGUCGAUCCACUUUUGUCUGAGAGGGUUUGAGGUCAGGGAGCGAGGAGCACCUGAGAAGCAGUUUGAAGUUCUUAGACCUUUACCCAGCCUAGGAAAUUUGAAUUCUGCAAUUUUGCUUUAAGCAUAUUUUCAGAAACAAUAGCAACCCCCCCAACCUUACACACUACCACAUAACUAAAUUCUACUUAUGGUGGCGUUUAAAAUGUUUCAAAUCCAGAAGGGCUGUAUAAUGUAGCCAUCUUGGAUACCAGUCUUGUAAAACAGAGGCGUACAGGGCUUUGGAUUCAAUUCUACAGACACAGCUGCUUUUACAGUUCACAGAUCUGGCUUCUGUAAGCACCUUUGGGGAAUCGAAUCUGAAGCACCGGACAGCUCUCUUGAAAAAUCACUCUUCAAGCUUUGGUGCCCUUGUUGCAUCUGCUGCUCAAAGUAUACAUGUUUGUGGGUCUUUCUCUAUUGCUAUCUUCUGAGUUUAAUGCGCCUCGAGCUGGCAGAGGAGAAUCUCUAAAUUUGACACAGCAAUCAGAGGAAAUAUCAAUAUUGAUACCAAGAGACCAUGAAAUGCACCCUUCCUGGUACUUCCGACAUACUGCCCCAGGCAGCAGGGAGGAAUCUUGGAAGUCCAGCAACACCUGGAAGGCCACAGCUGAUGUUCCCAUCACCCAGGCUACCAAGCCUUAAUUGUGUGGUUAUGUCUGACUGGUUCCAAUAGCAUUUGCUUCUGAAAAGCUGAUUAAAGAUCCCAUUUCUAAAUGGAGGGGCACUGACACUUUGUCCCUUGUAGUCAAGCUGGAAAAAAGGACAUGUUUCCUUUUUUUUUUUUUUACAUAAAAAAGAAGCAAAAUUUCCUAUCGCAUGAAGAGCCCACAACCUGCUUUUUUUAAAAAAAUAAUGCUGUAGGAGAAAUCGACCUAUAUGGCACAGAAGAUUUAAAUAUGUCAUCACUCUGCCAAAAUGCAAUGUAAACAUUUACUUUUGGAGUUGCCAGUAAGUUGCUACUUUACCUUUCAAGAUAAUAUUUGUACAAUAGUGCAAAGGGCUGUUUUUAUUGAGACAGCUAAAAUACAAUAUUCCACAAGAUUAAAUUAUAUGCGUUUAAGAAAGCAGGAUGGAGAGAAAACUUUAAACGUAAUACAGUUCUUUACAUUGGUUUUAUAAAGACUGCUGAACCCAAGAAAGGGACAAUGUCUUUUAAUAAAGUUUGGAAUUUAAAAAGUCACUUAAUAAAACCAUUCAUAGCUAUAUCACAUCAAAAAUGUUUUACAUGCAGGUUGUUUAUUUUUAGAUUUCUCUCCAUAGAAAAUUAAAAGCUGGGUUAAAACCCCAUAAAAUUCAGUCUGCUGCGUCCAAUCUAGAUGCAUCUUGGAAAGGGCUAUGAAGCAAACUUUAAAAAAAAAAAAAAACUCAAAGAAAUGUGUCAAAAUACUCUUUACCUAAUAUUAUAUAUACAUGUAAUUAUUAUUCCAGGCCUUUUCCAAAAUUUAAAAAAAAAUCAUGGUAGUUAAAUUUUGAAUAAUUACAAAACAGCUGAUGACUAAACAAAACCCCCCCAAAAACCACCCAACCCAUCAUCCACCUCUUCGCCCUAAAAGCCAAGUCCGAUUCCUCCUCUCAGUCAAUGAAGACAGGUUUAUUUUAAAUGCCCAAAUUAAGUUAUAAUAGGCACAGGGGUAUCAAUUACCUCUCUAAAUCCAAGGGAUGUCAAAGUUGAACGUUUAUCACUGCAUCCCAUUCUUGUAUUCUGAUUAUCUCAUUUCAGCAAGGUACAGGGUACGUACUGGAUUGGAGAAUAAAAAAGGACUCCCCCCCCC